UGAAAAGUAUAAUACAUAUUACAUAGCAUAAGAAAGAUACAGGACAUAUCUAUGAAUUGUUAAUAUUCAAAUAAGAAUAAAUAUGAAAACACAUUUCAAUAGAUAUUGUUAUCGUUUCUCACUCGUAUUAGUUUUGUAAAAUCAUCAUGAAAAACAUGUUUAUACAUGAUGACAUUAGCUUUUUUUUUAUACGCAUCCCCACUUUGCACAUACAUUUUAACAUGUAACGCUAAUACCAUGAAUAGUCUCAUCAGAAUCCUUGUACGUAGCAUACGUUCUAACGCAAUUCGCAAGACACAAUUUAUGCAACGUACUUUAUCGAAUUAAUCUACACGGAAUUAUACAUAAUAUACGACAUUUAUAAUGACCACCUUAAACACAAGUCUUGUAGACCCUGAACUUUUCAAAAUUUUUGCAUUUUGGGGAAGUGUACUUGCUUUAAAAUUACUCGCGAUGACACCAUUAACGGCACGCUUCAGAUUUAAGAAUUUGGCAUUUGCAAACAUCGAGGAUACAAAAAUAUUAAAAGGAUCAAAAGUUAAUACCAAUGAUCCCGAAGUUGAACGCGUACGCAGAGCACAUUUAAAUGAUUUGGAAAAUAUACUUAUAUGGUAUAUUGUUACAUUCGCUUGGUUGACCACAGGACCUUCUACAUGGUUAGCUUCAAUGUUAAUUAGGGCUUUUGUAAUUGCUAGAUUUGUUCACACAGUGGUAUAUGCUAUUUUCCCAAAACAACCUCAUAGAGCACUAGCCUUUUUUGUAGGUUUUGGCAUUACUGCAUAUCAAGCAUUUAGUACUCUGUUAUACUAUUUGUAAUUUCAAUGUUAAGAUUUCAUUUUUGUUUUGAUAUAUUCUUUAUUAAGAAUAAUAUUUGAUAUUAUUCUAUAUUGUUUAUUAAUGCUGUAGUUACUAAUAAAAUAUAUCAAGAAAUUCUA